AUGGAAUACUUUGUGAAAGAAUUUCCUGCCCGGAAAAAAGAGAUUGAAAAGUGCAUCAAUUGCCUUCAGGAAAUGACAAAUGACAUUGACAGGAUCCACAAGGGCUGUACCACCGCCAGCCUUGUUUCCAACUCAACAAGUGCCACUUCUGGCAUUCUGACCAUCCUGGGACUGACCUUGGCUCCUAUUACAGCAGGUGGGAGCUUAAUCUUAACAGCCACCGGGAUUGGCUUGGGGGCCGGAGCCACAGUGAUAGGCCUUUCUGCAGUUUUGUAUGAGAAUAUUAUCAAUUCAAAAGGAAGGGGAAGGAAGGAAGCUGAAGGGCUGAUGAAGGAAUGUGAGAGAAGCCUAAGAAAGUCGGCGCAUCCUAAUACAAUAGGUUUCGACACUGAACUGACCCCAAAUAAUGGAGUGUUGGGGGAGAAUGUCAGACACCUUGUCUCUAAUAUUUCCGGCCAAGUUCCUGACAUGUACGUGGCCGCAAAGAGGAUUAAGACAAAUGUAAAGGCGUGGAAGAUGGUUCAAGCACACUUGAAGGCUUUAGCAAAGCAAGCACCUAAUGCAAGAAGCAGCUACUGGAGCAUGUUUAGGAACUCAAAAGAUAUUAAAAAAGCUUUCAGAGGAUCUACCCUUGCAAUGACUAAAGGAGCCAGGAUGCUAAGUGCUCUGUCAGCCGGGGUGUUUCUCCUGGUUGAUGCCUAUGGCCUUGUCCAAGAUGCCAAGCAUUUGAUGAAGGGAGCCAAAGCAGAACUGGCUGCAGAUAGAAGACAGGCAAACAAACUUGAAGAGGAACUGAAGAACCUCAGCAAACUCUACGAUGAACUGAAAGACUUGGUGUAA